AUGUCAGACUCUUCACUCAAGAGUGAUAUGCAUAGAAUGAAGGAAGAUGAGUUGUAUAACACAUCUUCUGCCGAAACUCCCAGGGCAUUCCAUGGUGCCGUAGAAAAAGAAUACACAAACGAAGGAGAUGACACUCUGCUUUAUCGUAAAAACACCAGUCAGUCAGCAUACUCGACUAACCUUUCAGUUAAAGAUAUCUAUGGUGACAUGGAUAGUGAUGAAAUUAAGAUGCAACGUCAUGAAACUAGAAAAUCUAUUCUCUCUGAACUUGUAACUAGAACUCAAGAUGCCGAGGAAGGUAUAUACGAUACCAAGGAAGACCAUACAAUGGCUACAUACUACGAAGACUUGCCAGAUACUUCAGUUCCGAUCAAACACGAUGGUGAAGAGUUCACUGAUAUCGACCCAGAGUUGAUCACCUGGAAGGGAACAGAUGAUCCGGAAGACCCAAGAAACUGGCCCUUCGCAACCAAGGCCACACUCACUGCAUUGGUAUCUUUAUAUACUUUGGUUUCACCUAUGUCUUCAUCUAUUAUUUCUCCUGCAAUGUCAGAAAUUUCUAAGGAUUUUGGAAUUAAAAAUGAGAUUAUUGCUGCUAUGGUUGUGUCUAUCCAAUUACUUGCAUGGGCAGUUGGUCCAUUGAUUCUCUCACCAUUAAGUGAAAGUCAUCGUUUUGGUAGAAAAAUAAUUCUCGAUUUAUCUAUUUGGAUCUCCUUUUUCUUUAAUAUUGGAUGUGCAUUUUCUCAAAAUACUGCUCAAAUGAUGGUAUGUAGAUUUAUUGGUGGUAUCUUUGGAUCUUGUCCAUUGAACGUUGGGGCUGGUGUUCUCUCUGAUUUGUUCGAUGCCCAACAUAGAAAUAUGGCAUUGGCUUCAUUUUCAUUGGCUCCACUUUUAGGACCUACUAUUGCCCCAUUGAUUGCAGGAUUCAUCGUGGACAACACCAAUUGGAGAUGGGUUCUUUAUGUGUUGUGUAUCUUUAACGGGACGGUAGCGUUGAUCGGAAGCGUCUUUUUUAAGGAAACAUAUUCACCAAGAUUAUUGCGUCUCAAGGCAAAGAAAUUGAGAAAGGAAACAGGAAAUGCCAAUUUACAUACCAUUUAUGAAAUUGCAGAUGGUGAAACUACCAUGGGGAAGUUGUACUUGUCUGUAAGUAGACCAGUUGUUUUAUUGUUUACUCAUCCAAUGAUCAUUGGUUUGGGUGCUUACAUGGCUUUCACAUACGGGUUCAUGUACUUGAUGAUCAUUUCAUUCCCUCAAGUAUUCCAACAGCAAUAUGGGUUCAGUAAGAGUACUACUGGAUUAAUGUACAUCCCUAUGGGUAUGGGUUUCUUGAUUGGUGUUCUUUUCUGGACUCCUACUAUUGGUAAAGUUUAUAACAACUUAACUAAAAAGAAUGGUGGUGUUUCAAAACCAGAAUUCAGAUUGCCAUGUCUUAUUUCCACAGGUUUCAUUAUUCCAAUUGGACUUGUUUGGUAUGGAUGGUCCGCCGAGAAGGGAUUACAUUGGAUAAUGCCAGGUAUUGGAUCUGCAAUCUUUGCCUUUGGUAUUGUUUGUGUUUUCCAAAGUAUGCAAUCUUAUCUUAUUGAUAUGAAUACCAGAUUUGCAGCCAGUUCUGUUGCAGCUGCAGCAUUAUUCAGAUCCUUAUUUGGGUUCCUGUUCCCAUUAUUUGCUGACAAGAUGUAUGCCAAAUUGAAUUAUGGGUGGGGUAAUACCAUGUGUGCAUUUAUUGGGUUAGUUUUGGGACUUCCAUUCCCAAUUUUCUGUUAUUUAUAUGGAGAAAAGGUUAGAAACUGGGCCAAUAAGAGAAUUGAAAAGAGUCAAUUGAAGAGAGAUCAAAGAAAUCUUGAGCGUCUUACCAGACAAGAAAGUCGUGAGAUGAAAAAAUAA